ACCUUCUCCGGCCAGUGCCGGCGGCGUCGCGCGUCGGGACAAGAUGGCGGCGGCCUACAGAUGGUUGGGCCUGGUCUUGGCGCUGUGUGCCUUGGCGGCGGCGGCGGCCUCCGGAGCCGAAGAGCCGAAAGAAAAGUCUACUGAGCAGGCGAAGAAGGAGAAGAAGAAGAAAAAGGACAUUCGGGACUACAACGACGCCGACAUGGCGCGGCUGCUGGAGCAGUGGGAGAAAGAUGAUGAUAUAGAAGAAGGAGAUCUUCCUGAGCACAAGCGUCCAUCUGCACCAAUAGACUUCUCCCAACUUGACCCAGGCAAGCCUGAGAGUAUCUUGAAGAUGACCAAGAAAGGGAAGACUCUUAUGAUGUUUGUCACUGUGUCAGGAGAACCUACAGAAAAAGAGACAGAGCAAAUUACUAAUCUGUGGCAGGGAAGUCUUUUCAAUGCCAACUAUGACGUACAAAGGUUUAUCGUCGGUUCAAAUCGUGCCAUCUUUAUGCUGCGGGACGGAGGCUAUGCGUGGGAGAUCAAAGACUUUCUGAUAAAACAGGAGAGGUGUGCGGACGUAACACUGGAAGGUCAGGUGUACCCUGGUAAAGGAGCCAAGGAAAGCGAAAAGGGGAAAAACGAGACCAAGCCCGAAAAAUCCAAAAAGAAAAAAGAUACUGAAAAGAAACAUGGACCCCUCAAAGACGACAACCGUGCAACCAAACCAAAAGAAGAGCUCUGAUAAGUUAAUUUGACCAUAGAGGAGGAUUGGUGGGGAGUUUAGGAAGGAGAAAAUAGGGUGGCCUUUCUGGGUUUCAAAUUAAGGGACCAGUUUACUUAUUAAUGAGAGGCAUUUGUUCAGUAACAGCAACGUUAAUGCUUAACAUCAGUGGAUUGCUUCUUUUAGAUCUGGAGUUGGUAUAUUGUGCCUUGUCUACUUUCAAGCAGUUGGGUUUUUUCAAACAGUUGUCUGUUUAAAGUUUAAACACCUGUGUGUUUACCUUCAGUAUUACGAACAUUCCUCAAAGGAUGAGAGGGGAAGAGCUGUUGCAAUUGGAAUUCUGCCGUCAGCUAUUUUGGAGGAGUCAACAAGGUGAAUGUUUCGUUGGCGAUAAGAAACAAGACUUAACUUUCUAGGAGUUUCUACCUUUGCAAUAUUUUCAUUAAUGAAAAUAAAUGAUACCCCUUCUUGAAAGUGGCAAUCUCAGAGUGUCAGCUGUGGUGCCAAAGCAGAUUCUGGAAAGCACAGGUUUGAUGCAUGCAAUGAGUGUUUUUAUGUAAGUUGGUUUCACUGCUGGUGGUCAAAUGCCCAGCGGGCAUUCCCAAAGUGGGAAUAAACUUGUCUAUUGAAUUAACAGAUUUAGGGUUUCCAUAGACUAAUGGUGGGCCAGUUCACUUACUCCAACCUUCCUCAACCUGGUGCCCCUCCAAAUGUUUUGGGCCACAACUCUCAUCACUUUCAGAGCAUUGGGCGUGCUGGCUGUGGCUGUUGCAAGUUGUAGUUUAGAACAUCUGGCAGUAGGCCGAGCCAUGUGAUAAAAGGCUGAGCCGAUCCAGUAAGAGGAAUGUAACAAAAAUAGCAAAUGUAUCAAGGGGCAAUUAACCCUGACACUAAUUGAAGAACUUAAUUUCAAAAGGGGCUUAAGUCAAUUUUGACCAGUAUUCCAUUCGGAAGAAAAUUAUUUCUGACUACAGUGGUACCUUGCUUGUCAAACUUAAUCUGUCGCAGGAGUCCGUUUGACUCCCAAAACGGUUCAAAAACCAAGGUGCAGCUUCUGAUUGGUUGCAGGAGCUUCCUGCACUCAAUCGGAAGCUGCAUCGGACGUUCGGCUUCUGAAAUAUGUUUACAAACUGGAACACUCACUUCCGGGUUUGCGGCGUUCUGGAGCCAAUUUGUUUGAGAGCCAAACUGUUUGAGUAUAAAGGUACCACUGUACAGUCUUUUUGAAUGCCAACACGAUUUUCAAGGCUUUUAUACAAUUUUAUACAAGUUCUUCCCCCCACCCUGCCCCUUAUUUGUAGCACUCAUGGCAAACAUCUACAGGCCAAAAUUGGAUUGGAGUUAAGCUAUUCAGUUGCAAUUGGGCUCAAGGCAUUCCAGAAUUGCAGUGACCAUAAACUGGGGGCUUACUCUGUUUCUUAAGGUUAAUUUGAAAGAAUACUGCCUUGGUGCAUAAGUUUAUUUCAGAUUUGUGGACACCGCACCAUAUUAGAUCAUGCCACGUUUGAUCUUUUUGAAUAUAGCUUGUAUUUCUCUGGUGCCAAAAAUACUUCCAAUACUUUGGGUGCUCUAAUUUGUUCAUUCAUAUAUAAAGUUGGUAGAUAAUUGGGAAAAUAUUGCUGUCACCAUGAACACUCCCUCUGGAAUGUCAAUAAAUUUGUACCUUUUUCAGAACAAA